UAUUAUUUGAAUUCAGGUGUUUUCAGUCCCCGUGCCACAGUUGUAUAAAAUCAAGCACAUGCAGUCUGCGUUUACGAAAGUUCCUGAAACAAUGGAUUGUUCCAAAGACCUCGCUGAAUGUUUCUCGGCCUGGUCACUGCAGGCUCCUCGCUGAGCUGCAAAUGGAUGGAUGAAAAAUUCAGACAGCACAACGAAGAAACUCUGAAUCUACUUGAUACCAUGGUUUAUAACUCCACCAACACCACUGAAGAUGCUGAAGUGGAAGUCACUGUGGCUUUCCCCAAUCAUCUGUACCGCCAAGCGUCCAAAGCAUCAGCUGAGGAUAAACUGGCUUUCACAGUUCAGGUUCUGGAGGAGGUGGCUGCCCUGUUUGAGGAGGAUCACAGCUCUGCAUCAUGGGAGGACAGCACAGUGAGGAACUUUCUCAAUAUUGUCAACAAACAGGCUGAAGAGCUUCACUCCUGUAUUGGGAGCCACAGUCACAAGAAGAAGAACUCACAGCUGUAUUUCAAGACAGAAAUGUAUUUCAAAAGGCUUUCAGAUGAUGUUCUAAAGAAAAAGGGUCACAGUGUUGAAGCCUGGGAGGUGAUCAGGAAGGAAACCAAAGCCCAUCUCAUGAGAGCAGAACAGCUGGCUUCAUCUCUGCACACUGCCAACUAAAAUCUGUCUGUUACAUGA